AAAUGACCGCAAAUGACCAUAGCAUGGGCAUCAGAUAAAUCGGCUCGGCAUCGGCCGCCUUUAACCCGCACGGUUAUCAUUUUAGGGUUGUGCCUUUGACAUGUCCGAGUGAAUAUUUCUAGUAGUAGGCAUCCAUACACGUCACGCAUGCCGUUUAUGCUGACACAGUUUGUUUGCUUGUCUCUGUUCGUGCUCAGAAAAUAUCAGUAACUUGCCGCCGACACAAUGCAAAGCCUUUUUGGGUUUGGUCAGAGCGCUGAUAUAGAUCUUGUUCUCGAUGGUUAUGAAAACCGAAAAUCGGCUGAUAUCAAAACUGAGGAAGGCAAAAAGGAACGCCAUUUGUUAUAUUAUGAUGGUGAAACUGUCUCAGGAAAGGUGAAUGUUUCUCUUAAAAAACCUGGCAGCAAACUCGAGCAUCAAGGUAUCAAAAUAGAGUUUAUUGGUCAAAUUGAUUUGUUUUAUGAUCGUGGAAAUCAUCAUGAGUUCACAUCACUUGUCAAAGACCUUGCUAGGCCUGGUGAAUUGAUGCAAAACACUUCUUAUAAUUUUGAGUUUGCUAAUGUGGAGAAACCAUUUGAAUCAUACACUGGUUCAAAUGUGAGGCUAAGAUAUUUCCUCAGGGUUACCAUAGUGCGUAGAAUCUCAGACAUCGUCAAGGAAGUUGACAUUGUAGUGCAUACCCUGUCAUCCUAUCCUGAUGCAAAUAACAGUAUAAAAAUGGAAGUUGGCAUUGAAGACUGCUUACACAUAGAAUUUGAGUACAACAAAUCCAAGUAUCAUUUAAAAGAUGUCAUUGUGGGGAAAAUCUACUUUCUCCUAGUGAGAAUCAAAAUCAAACACAUGGAGAUUGCCAUUAUUAAGAGGGAGACGACAGGUUCAGGUGUCUCCAUAGGUCCCAACUCAUACUUGGAGAAUGAAACCAUAGCCAAGUAUGAAAUCAUGGAUGGAGCGCCUGUUAAGGGAGAGAGUAUACCCAUUCGUGUCUUUUUGGCCGGCUAUGAUUUGACACCAACUAUGAGAGAUAUCAACAAGAAAUUCUCUGUCAGGUACUACUUGAAUCUUGUUUUAAUGGAUGAUGAAGACCGGAGAUACUUCAAGCAACAAGAAAUCACUCUGUGGCGUAAAGGUGAAAAAGCCCGUAAAGGUGGUGCUGGCAAUGCACAAUCCCCAACUAUGAGUAUUCCUUCUCAUCUUGUCUGUGCGGACCAUCACCGACGGGAACCCACUGUGGAAUCUGACGCUGAUGCAGCCAACGCUCCAAGUGUUGAAAACAUGAAGAGAGAAGUUGAUUCACCAGCAGAAAUUACAAGUAGUGAUUUAGGUGCAGAUAGUAACUCAGCUAUACAAUCGCCUUUAGAGGCUAACCCAUCUCCUCUCUCAGACUGAAUUUUGAAGCCUCUCUGUCUCCCUGAUUCGCCUAUUUUAUUGUAAUUUUUGAACAUGUGGAAACAGAAAAUUUUACUUCCUAAUUUAAACAUGUUAAACAUUCAUUCUUGUUAAAAUGACAAUUGAAUUGGGGCCAGUGUAUUCAUGGCUGGUCCACUGGUGCUUUAACGAAUGUCUUGUCUAAUUUUUGUAAUAAUUUUACAUAUUUAGUUAUGGGGAAUGUUACAUAUUAAUGAAAUGUAAAAUAAUAUGUAGAAUCUCUGGUUCCUAUGAACAUGAGGCAGAACCAGCUGUGAUCCUUACAGUGAAAAUUAACUUCUUAUCUAAGUUUUGUUUUUCUUAACUGUCCUUUUGGUCCUUGACAAUUCCAUUUACAUCUUCUUUUACAUGUUUCAUUUUCUUAAGCAGUUUUUACACCUUUUUUAUGAUCUUGUAACUGUUCAUCGUAAACUUAUGGCUUAAUGUUCAAGUAUAAUUUAAUGUCCUGUAUGUUGGAGGGAUAUCCAAGGAUCAGUUAAGAAAUUACCUCUAGCCAUAAUGAUGCUCACUCUUUGUGUUACCCUGUUCUGCAGUGUGUUAAUAGUGCACUUCAGCAAGUUUUGAUCCAUGUAAGAUUUUACUAAUGUCGUUAUUGUUUUGUGCCGAAUUGUGUUGUUUUUUUUUUUUUGCCUGGUCCUGGUCCAGGGACAAAAUGUACUCGAUGCAUAAUUGUUGUUGCUUACUUGAGCAACCAUUUGUUAUUAGCCUUGUAUCUAGUGUUUUAAAAAUGUCAUCUUUCAACACCUACUCAUUUAGUUUAGAUAUAUUUUAAAUGAACUUUUGGUGUGCCUUAUUUGUGACAUUUUUGUAAUAUGAAGCAAAUUUUCUGAGUAAAGCCUUCCUGUAAUAUAUGUACGUAAAAUAUAUCUAUAGUUAAAUGUAUUCCCUAAGCAAUACAUUCAUAUUGUAUCAUUGAAUUUGUUGCCGGUUCUAUGAGUUAUUUUCAUACUCAAAGAUAAAUGUGAGAGAUAUGUAAGGGAACAUCUGGAAAGAGGUCUCUGUGGAAAGUGAAGGCUGAUGACUGAAUUGUAGUUGACUCUUAACUUUAUUUGGUCACCGAAACAAACUUUUUAAAUACAACUGUACCAAGAAGCUUUUGACUGACUUGUGCAAGUAUUGUCUCAAACAUUGAGAACAUGUGAUUCAUUUUGUGCUCAGCACUCAAAUCUAGCAGUCCUAGAAUAUUUCUCUCUCUCUCAUGUCCUCAUGACUGUUAUGUGAAAAUAAAAUGAAAAUGUGGGUGUCCCUUA